CAGGAUGAGACAAUCGUGACACUGCGUUUCGCCCCUGCAUUCCAAAUCUGCAGUCUCUUUCGCCUUACUUCUUUCUUAGCGCACAGACGCUGUUGGAUUCAUGGAUGUACGCUGAACCGCUGUUUGCGUUACUAAAGUUAUCAUUCGUGUUUUUUCCUGCAGCUUUUAUUUAGCAAUGUUUCUAUGAGGAACGGCUGCCUUCUGAUAGAGGUCACUCCAAAGGUCUCGAGAAGGAAAUAAAGGUGUGCUUCAACUGCUGGACUUUGGCAGGACGGACAGGGACUAUGUUCUCAUCAGCAGGGAAGCGCGGUUUCACUAUUGAGUCUUUGGUGGCGAAGGAGAGCCCAUUAGCAGGGGAAGACCCUAUCCGCCCCACCGCGCUAAGCUACACAGCCCCCACAGACAGUUUUCUGAACGCUUAUCCAAGCCCAGCAGGUCGCGCGCUUUAUCCAAACCCCGAGCUGGUUUUUCCAGAGGCUGUGCAGCACGCGCCCAUCGGCGUGCACCCGCACCAGCUCGGCGGCGCGCACCUCCAGCACCCGCACUUCUUCAGCACGCAACACCGCGAACCUCUCAAUUUCUACCCGUGGGUCUUGCGAAACCGAUUUUUUGGGCAUCGGUUUCAAGGGAACGACGUCUCACAUGACUCAUUGUUGCUUCACGGGCCUUUCGCGCGGAAGCCCAAGCGGAUCCGGACAGCCUUUUCCCCUUCACAGCUCCUGCGCCUCGAGCGAGCCUUCGACAAGAACCACUAUGUGGUGGGAGCAGAACGCAAACAGCUCGCGAACAGUCUCAGCCUGUCCGAGACACAGGUGAAGGUGUGGUUUCAGAACCGCAGGACUAAGUACAAACGACAGAAGCUGGAAGAAGAGGGACCAGAGAGUUCACAAAAGAAGAAGGGUAAUCAUCACAUCAACCGGUGGAGAAUUGCCACCAAACAGGCUGGAUCUGAGGAUAUAGAUGUCACAUCUGAUGCCUAGAGCCCAUUUGUACCAGGCCUAAACUCACACAAAAGGCCAUGAAAAGAUCUAUUUAUUUAUGUUUUAAGGAAUGACUGUGUAUGAGUCUAAACUUGGUUUUUGCUGCUGCUGCUGUGUGUGUGUGUGUGUGUGGGUGUGGGUGUGGGUGUGUGUGUGUGUGUGUGUGUGAGAGAGAGAGAGAGAGAGAGAGAGAGAGAGAGAGAGAGAGAGAGAGAGAGAGAGAGAGAGAGAGAGAUUCAGUCAGCAUGUAGAUUUAAUUCUCUUUUUUCUUUGUAAAUGUAAAAAAAGUAAAAACUAUGAUUUUCUUUAUUUCCCUACAACUCUUCUGCCAUCAAAAGACCUCUAAAAAUAAUUUCAUUUUCCAAUGUGACACAUCUGUCAUGCGUGUGCAUUUAACCUAAUAAUGUCAAUUACUACCAUUGUACUUAACAGAAUGCUCUUUAAUGAUGGUUACAGAGAUUUAGCCUGCUCAAAUCAUAAAAUUAUAUUGGGCCUCUACCUAGGAGAGCAAUACAGUCAAUUAUCAUUAGAGAUUUCAAUUCCUUUAGAUAUUUUCUGUUUUUUAUUAAGAUUUUACCAUAGCAGUUGACAGUAACAGCAAAAUAAACAAAAUGUGAUGCAAGGAAUCAUUUUACAGGCCAGUUUGGACAUGAUCUACCCUCAGUGUAGGAGUAAGGAGCUUGAUGUAUGUGUGUGUGUGUGUGUGUGUGUCUGAUGUUCUGAAUGCUCGGUUCUUGUUCAGUCAUGGUAAUGCCGGCUGCUGGAUGCAGGUUACAGUGUGGCAGCUCCUGAAUAUUUCUGUGAUUCAUAAACAGAAACUACUGAAUAUUAGCCAAUGUCACAUUAAUAUACAGAACAUUUAAAAUAUAAUUUUCCCCCAGUAAGGGACCACAACAAUAAAUAUGUUUUAGAAACAACCCCUGAC